CAGUUUCGUAAGCACCGAUUGCAUAGCUUGCUUCUUUCCAGUGUUUUUCGCCACUUCUCCAAGACCUUCUUGUCUUUAACGGUAACGGUUUAGCUGCCCAAUACUGCCGCUUCAAGCAAUGUGAACGGCCACAGUAUAGUGCGUUACUGAAAGCAAAAACAGUGACAAGCGACACAGCAGACGGUACGCGCAACACCGGCCCAACAAGUAGUCUUUCUUCCCUAGAUCUGGGGAAAUUGGAUUUGCCAUUCGCGCUCUCGCUCCCUGCGCGACUGGAGUGGCUCGGUUCGGACCGCUACGCUUGCAUCCCGUUGAGAUCGGUUCGCUGGGCACCCCUAGCUGGACCGCGGCUACAGUCCCGCAGCUGUUUUGUUUUCGUGUCGUGCGAGCCGCCUCAGUGUGUGACCCGCAACAUGUGCUGAUGUCCACGGCCGAGCUCUUGAUGGCUCCUCAAGGAGGCGGCGGCGACCGGUCAUCGGAGAGCAGCAGCGGUAGCCAGGCUUCUCUCAAACGCAGCUCCAGCGGGGGAGCGCAGGAAAUCAACGGCGUCACCCGCCGUUCCUCUCCUCCCGCGGCACCGUCUCCCGAAGGGGCCGCUGCGGUCGUCGUCGCCGGCGAUGAAGGCGCCCCUAACGGCGGCGAAGGUGGCUGCGGCAUCGCGCAACCCGCCGACGCCGCGAUGGCGGCUGCUGCCCCGCGCCGCAUCGCCGCCGCCGCCGCCACCGAGUUGCAGCCUCCGCAGCCAACGUCAGCGGCCGCCACACCGGUGGAAGAGUCGGCGCCCGCCUGCCCCACGCCGGUGGCCGAGGCGUCGGACCGGCUGCGUCCAAGGCCCGCAGCCGCGCCGUCCUCCACGACACCAGCGGUUAACGCAGUGGCAGCCACGGCGGUGGCGUCGGCCGAGCCGGACGCCGCGUCUAACGCCGAAUCGACCGGCCAGCGGACACGCCGCCGUAAGAAGAGGAAACCUGAGGGCUCACCAACUCUCCAGGUGUCACUGCAUAGCAGCCGGAAUGAAGCUGUCAGGUGCCCAUCACCAUCAAGUCCAAGCCAAAGCCCACAGCUGGGUGCUCGGUCUCCAUGUUUCGAUGGGGAUCGCACAGCAACCUCGGCUGGAGUGCUACCACUUGAUGCUUCUUCAGAGAAUGCAGCUGCAGUGGGUGACAGCCAAGGAUCUCUGGACCGAGCAUCAGACUCAUCUCGUUCCUCCCAGCCACUGGCACCACCUUCUCUUCUUGGCUGCCCACCGGAGAUGGGGAUGUCGCCACGGCCCAGUCCUGAAGGGACACGUGAGUCCUUAAGCCGAAGCCUUGAGAAAUCUACAGACAGCAAAGGAAGUAACAAGAUGCUUGAGAAGAAAAAGAAGACAUCGUCCUGGUACAAUAUGCUGAAUCCAACGUACAAGUCGCGCAGUGAAGACUUCAAGCGGCUCUUUAAGGACUUGCCUGAGACAGAACGACUCAUUGUUGACUACUCAUGCGCCCUGCAGAGGGACAUCCUUGUGCAUGGGCGCCUUUAUGUGACACAGAACUUCAUCUGCUUCUACGCCAACAUCUUCCGCUGGGAGACCAAUGUGGUGAUCCGGUGCAAGGACGUGACCAGCAUGACCAAGGAGAAGACUGCCCGUGUGAUCCCCAAUGCAGUCCAGGUAUGCACAGACCACGAAAGGCACUUCUUCACAUCGUUUGGUGCGCGGGACAAGACAUACCUCAUGCUGUUCCGCAUCUGGCAGAAUGCACUCAUGGAGCAGCCCAUGUCAACACAGGAGCUGUGGCAGUGGGUCCACUACAGUUACGGAGAUGAACUGGGGCUGACGAGUGACGAUGACGACUACGUCGCACCGCCAUAUCUGGAAGACGAGGCACGCCGAGGACGGCUCGCCGCUGCCCUCAAGGCUGGCCCUCAGCCACCUAGCCUCUUUGAGGAAGAGCUUCCCAAUGGGGAAGACGAUGAAGAUGAAGAGGCCUCGGGGCCCGAGAUGUUUGCAAGUGCCCGCGAGGCUCAGCAUUCGGAGAUGCCAACAGACUUGAGUGACUCCAGCGACACAGCCGAGCCACCCGAAUGUCCGUCGACACACGAGGGCAGGCAGAUCCUGAACCUGACGCUGCCGCUGUCUGUGGACCAGCUGUUCACGCUGCUGUUCACAGGGUCGCGCUUCUUCCAUGACCUUCUGACCUCGCGCAAGACGUACGAUGUCACCGAGAGCAACUGGCAGCCCUGCCCCGAAACGGGAAACAAACUGCGCCAGCUCACCUACACAGUCACCCUCAACCACGCCAUGGCCAAGGCAGCACAGACAACAGAGACUCAGAUUCUGCACAAGGCAAGCCGGCCGGGCCAUGUCUAUGCCAUUGACUGCGACGUGCAGAGCACAGGCGUGCCAUACUGUGAUGCCUUCUGUGUCAAAUCCCACUACUGCCUGGCUCGGCUGUCCGACAGCCGCUCCCGCCUGUGCAUAUAUGGUUGCGUCCGCUACAAGAAGUCUGUCUGGGGGCUUGUAAAAGCUGUAAUAGAGAAGAAUACCCAACAGGGUCUGGAAGGCUUCUGCAAUGAUCUCGAGUCAGCAUUGCUGCGAGAAGCAGAACGACUGCAGCCGUCUGGUGGUAAUCUAAAGCAACGGCGGCGGCGUCUUCAGGGUACCAAGCGUAGCAUUGCCAACCGUGAUCACUCCAGCAGCUCCCAGGCGGGAUUUGGAUCCUCCUUUGUGCUUGCCAGGAGCUCAGAAGGUCGUCGUCUGGCAACUAGCACAGCUGUCAAGGUCCUGCUCGUACUGGUGAGCCUGGUGCUAUUGAUGAACAUAGCAUUGCUCUACUGGCUGUGGGCAUCGAAUGCUAUGCCCGACAGAUCGCCCUCGCUCGAUGUCUGGGUGCUCGAGCCGCCUCCGCAGAAUGCUGAAGAUUGGGUGCGCCUAAUGUCUCAGCGGGAGGCAUUCCACCGGCAGCGCCUUGACCUGUGGCAACGUGCCCUGCAUAACCUACGGCACCAGUUGCAUAUGAUGGAGUCUUCCCUGCAGCGGCUGCAGGAAAGUCUGCAAAUGGCCCCCGUGACCAACAGCAGUGUGCCAUUGCCUACUGCCCCUUCUUCUUCACCCGGCGACUUAUGACGCGCUGUCUAGUCCGCGAAGGCAAAGGGGAGGCAUCUUUCGUCCUCAUCACCGUCCCUCCUCUCUUGCCUUCGAAACAGCAGUUUGCCUGUGCUAGAGAAUGUGUGUGCGUGCACAGCCACGUGUGAUAGAAAGCAGGGGACGCUCCCUGCUGUGCAGGGGCGCGCCCCCGACUAGGUUGUGCCCUCCUAGUCUCUCUGCUGGCACCAACCUGCCCUGCCUAGAAGCUGCGUUGCGGUAGAGAUUGGGACGCUGGGACGCCUUGAAUGAAAGCAGUGCGAAAUGCGCAGGAGCUCAUGGAAACUGAGAUUUGCGCUAACACCCAGUCUAGUAACUGAACAUGUAUAUCUGUGCCGUAGAUCUCUCAAGUGCCGGCACUUGCUUGAUCAAUGUACGACAGCGAAGCAGCCACGUGAUGCACAUACCAAGAUCUCCGAAGCCCUAGGUAUUCACAAUUGAAGUGCAUCAGUAGCAGUAGUCCUUCAACUGCAUCUUCAGAACAGAACGAAUUGCCUUUCUUUUUCCUUAAGUUAUGCUCCUAAUAAUAUUUAUUAUGGCACAUGAAUUUGUUCAGUUGCUAGUUACAACCUGUGUGUCUCUUCUCCUGGUAGUUUAUUACGCACUGUUUUCUUUUGAGACAUCUGGAUAUGCUAGCGUGCCAGCUCCACCACAAAACCAGCUUUCGCCUCCUGGGCAGUCGUCCUCGUCAGCAGAGUUAGAAGUGGCAGCGGCCACACCCCUUUGUGGAGCAGUACGUCUGGCAGCUGGUCUGACAGGCACUGUGCCCUUUCUUUUUUUGUUUUUUUGUUUUGAGGGGGGGGGGCCUCUCUCACCUCCACCAAUCAACCUCGGCGCGUCACGCCCAAUAUGUGUGUAACGCAUCGAGAUGCUGCAGAGUAUUUUGUUGUUUCACUCUUGUUGCCUAAAUUUACGAGGUGUAGUUUUGACAUUGUUGGUUGGAUUUUGCGUGUUUCGAAGUAUGUCUACCCUGGCAUAGCUUACCAAGCCAAAGCCUGUCGUGUCACUUCUCCUUACACACGAUCAUAGACCUGUAAUUUAAGGGCAAUAAAAUAUUUUUCUCUGAUUA